UCUUCGCACGAUCGAUCGCAAAUCCUCUCGCGUUUUGAUUGAUCCUCUCCAGUUUCGUUUCCUACAUGGCCAAGGAUUCGUCGUCCGAGCAGAAGGCGAGCAAGGCGGCCAAGGGCGAGAAGCAGCCACCCAAGCUCAAGCCGGAGAAGAAGCCAGCGCUCAAUCUCAAGGAGGGAUCGGGGGCAGGAGGAGGAGGAGGAGGAGGCGGCGGCGGAGGAUCGAGCAAGAAGAAGCGCGCCAAACGAAAUGCUGAGAGCUACAAGACGUACAUCUUCAAGGUGCUCAAGCAGGUCCAUCCCGACACGGGGAUCUCGUCCAAGGCCAUGGGGAUCAUGGACUCUUUCAUCAACGACAUCUUUGAGAAGCUCGCGCAGGAGGCGUCGCGGCUGGCGCUCUACAACAAGAAGCCCACCGUCACCUCUCGCGAGAUCCAGACCGGGGUGAGGUUGAUUCUCCCGGGAGAGCUCGCCAAGCACGCCGUCUCCGAGGGGACCAAGGCCGUCACCAAGUACACGAGUUCUUGAGAGGAUCAAUCCUUUGCUCCUCUUCUCUUCUUUCUCUCGGCUAUUUAGCGAUCUAGCAAUGGAAGGAAACAAAAGUUCUCUCUCUCUCUCUCUCUCUCUCUCUCUCUCUCUCUCCCCUCGUGCAUCAAAGUGUACAGUAGGAAGAACUUGGAAAUUCAAUGAUCUUACAAUUCUUUCUUUCGAUGAUCUCUAGAUCUUUUUCGAAAGAUUCAA